CCCUAGAUCAAACUCUGCAGACCCACAUGGACGUGGACAAUCAGAGCUGGUAUAUAAUUGUCAGAGUUUCUCUUCUCCUGUAGAAUAAUCUGAACGCUUUGUCUUACGCGGAGCACAUUCUCUUCCAUCAUGUCAAGGAUCAUAGUUGUCGCCCUCCUGCUCGUCGUUCUGGUUGAGAACAUCUACCACAGCUCAGCUGCACAUGCUGAAUUCCGUGUGUCCAAAGCGCACAUCCGCAAGUGCAGGUGCCAAGUUUUUCCAGGUGGAAGAAUGAAGUGUCCACUGCUUCCCACAAGCAAUGUCAAGAAACACGAUCUGGUCAAAUGCUUCUGCAGCAAAGCAAACCAGCACAAGUUUCCAGAGUUUCAGGCAGCCUGCAGGUCAUGGCGCCCUGAAAUUCCAAUCACGCUGCUUUGAAUGAGUGCCAUUAUGCAGAGAGACCGGGACUGAAGGUCCUUGAACGCAUCAUAUCGCAUCACACAAGAUCAAAUCGCCCCAUCACUGCUCUAUCACAUGAUGUUAACAGUCAAAAAUACAUGAUGCGCAUCACAUGAUGCUUGUAGCUAAUAUAUUCUACAUGCCUGUGACCCUUCAUAUAUUGUAGCCUAAAUAAAGACAUACUUUCUAUUAGAGACCUUGUUUUGCUUCUUUGUUUGUCCCAUUUGAAUGUGAAUGGAGCUCAGCAAUGGUUUAACACUCUGCAAAAUAUUCUUAUUCAUCUUCAUGCCUUACAGCGAAGGUUAGCAGUCGGUUAGCUUAGCUUUGCAGAGACUGGAACCAGAAACAGACAUUGAAUCUGGCUCUGUUUGAACUAGCGAGAUUGGCCUACUCUACUAAUUAACAUGCUAUAUCACAUUAUUUAAUCCACAUAAACGACAAAGUGGAAAAAUAAAAAUCAGCCGUUUUAUGCUGGGUUAUGUGCCAGACUGCCUCUUAAGCUAACUGUUCUCCCGCUUCUCGUCUUUAUGCCUCGCUAAGCUAACCGGCGGCUAGCUCCUGCUACAUGUUUUUUAUAAUAUAUAUAUAUAUAUAUAUAUAUAUGUAUGAAUCUUCUCAUAUCUCAGCAAAAAAAAGCCAAGUAUUUCCCACAAUGUUGAAGUAUUGCUGAAAUGGUUGCGACAUGAAUCGGUUGAAAGGCUCAUCACAGUUUCAGGAGUGUGUAGUGUCACAUAACUUCUGAUACCUUUUUUUACUUGUUGUCAAGUAGCCAAUUAAAAACAUUGUUACUUGUAUAUUAUUAUUAUUAUUAUUAUUAUUUUAUUACAUCUUCAAUCAUGACAUAAACAGUAAAAUAUACACAGAGGAAUGAAUGCCAGCUUGGCACUGUGUUUUCGGGUGGGUGUGAUACUCUGACCCACCUUGAAUGUCACCUUUGUUAAUCCUCUGUGUGAUCAUCUGUGUCAGCUGCAGCCCUGAUGGAGCGGCAGACGGGUUUUGCUCGAUAGGGGUGGGAUUCACUCCGCUGGGCCUUUCCUGUUCCACCAACUUCUGUCAGGACGACGAGGAAUCAGAUAUCACAGCAGAGGACUUUUUCAUGUUGCAGUGCUUCAGCUAGACUGACCUCUGCAUGCCCUUAGACGUGGUGCAAUGUCAUAUGGUGAAAUUCCUCUGGUGAAACUUUUCUCUUUUGAUUUGAUGUAUUUUACUUCUGAGCAGAAACCUAAAAAGAAAGUAGCUCACUUUUUUUUUUAAUUGCUAGUGAUUGUAAUUCAUCUUACUACUCUCAGUGAAAUGAUCUACGGUUUUAUAAAAGUGAUGACACUGUGAUGACAUUUUGUGAUUUCUUGGGCCUCUUACUCAACUGUUGCAGAUCAGUGGUGGAGUGUCCAGUGGUGUAACUCUCAAACCAAACUCUUUUUCCAUGUGGGGAAAAACUGAUUAAGUGACAGUGUACGCCAACAAAUAUAAUACCACCGACUGGUGGACUGAAACUCUUUCGGACAUGAGCUCUCUGUCACUGAGCUGUAUGAGUAAACUGUCCAUAUCCUGCAGGUCAGCAGAGUUAGCUGCUUACCCAUCUUAUCUGAUUGCUUCAUAUUUACACCAAAACAAGCCAAGUCAAGCAAGGAGCAGGCGUGUGAGGGCCAAAGUGAGAAGACAGACAGAGAGAAAAGGCCGAACACAGCAGACAGAGAAACUGUGCCCAGUACCUGACACUUUACUAACCGAACUCAUAGACAGCUCAGCUAUGUCUCGACAGGCGGUCCAGGUCCAGCCGGAGAGCAGGGUUCAGGAGGCAGGCCAAUGGAGCACUGGCCUGUGUGAGUGCUACAAAGACGUGGGGGACUGCUGCUUCGCCCUGUGCUGCCUCCCAGUGUUUACCUGCAAGGUGACCAGCGCGGUGGGCGCGUGCCCCUGCCUGCCUCUGCUGGACUGUAUCGGCUGCGUACCUCCAGCCUCUCUCGCCAUGAGAGCGUCUGUCAGGCAGCGAUACGGCAUUCAGGGCAGCGUGUGGAGUGACUGCCUGUAUGGAUGCUGCUGCUAUCCGCUAUCUUGGCUCCAGAUCUCCAGAGAGCUGAAGAGAAGAGCAGCAUCCCACGCCUCCUCCUCCUCCUCAUCGGCCAGAUACACCGCUCUGACCUCCCUGCAGGGGGCGCACUUGGUCUAGGCACUCCUCAUCUCCUGGCCUCUGCUGCAGCUCGCCCUCCAGGGUGCAGGAGUUGGUUUAAUCACACUUCCUCUGGUCUGCAGCCACUCCCUGCUGCCUCGGAGAAUACAGCGGGGACACGAUGUGUCGCUCAGAGACAAAAGUUCAGUUUGACCAAAGAUGAAGUGAAGAAAGUUUGAUAAAAGUAAUAUAUAUUCAUAUAAUAUCAUAUUCUUUAGAUUCUGCACAUUUACUCAGGAAUUGUUCUUAAGUAGUUUGUUGGUGUUGUUUUGCUGCUUCAUACUUCUGCUCCGCUACAUUUCAGAGGAAAGUAUUGUACUUUUCACUCCUCGAUGUUUAUCUGACAUAUGAUCAUUUUUAUAAAUGUUUAUAAAAUGUAGAUUAAACCAGUGACAGCCUGGUGUUUUGCCUGAUGACCCCUUGCAACAAAAUAGUUAUCUUUCCAAGAGUUUUCAGCGGUUCAACCGAGGACUUCCCCUCUGAGACACUGACAUGUAACUGUAUUUAAAGGAGAUAAUAUGUGACCAGCUACCUUCAGUCUAAAUAUGUCAUAUAUUAACAAUAUUAAAAGUUAGUUUGUCUGUAGUUUUACCUCAGUGGGAGCUUGAAUGCAUGCCUCUUACUUGGAUUUUGUAUUGUAUUUUUUACAUUGUCGUAUUGGUACAUUUACUUAAGUAAAACACCUCAAAUACUUUUAGUAUAUUUCAGCUGCUGUUGGAAUAUUUUAUUGUUUAUUGUUUUAGUAUAUU